AUGGAAAAUUUAGGAGAGUACCACUUUGUGAUAAUAGGGGGAGGUACGGCAGGCCUUGUCGUAGCCACUCGUCUAUCUGAAGAUCCAAGCCAGCGCAUUCUCGUCUUGGAAGCUGGGGCCGACUUGCGUGAUGAUCCACGAGUCAAAACACCAGCAUUGCGUCGGGCCUUGUUUGGAUCACAAGCGGAUUGGAAUUUCCAAAGCGAGCCUCAGUCGAAUCUCAAUGGAAGGUCAGUCAGCUUGCACCAAGGAAAGGCCCUCGGAGGGUCGAGCGCUAUCAAUGCGCAAGUUUUUGUCCCCCCGACCGACGCGUCGCUCGAUGCUUGGGGUGCACUUGGUAAUGACGGAUGGAACUCGGGCACAUUCAAGGAGUAUUAUUCGAAGGCAUUUACGCUUCCCAAAGUUGAUCGACCGUCAAGAAAGGUGCUAGGAAUAGACGACUAUCCUCCAUAUAAUACUCCUAACGGCCCACUCCAACUAUCUUACGCCGGGGAUCCAGAGCAUCCCGUACGCGAAGCUUGGACGGCAACGUUUAAAAAUAAAGGCUAUCACGUAUUGAACGACCCAUUUCUAGGGAUAUCCGUCGGGGCCUUUACCUCCCUCUCCAGCAUCGACCCGUUAAGGAAAGAAAGAAGUUAUUCAGCUUCAGCAUACUACGCUCCUAUCAAACAUAGGGCCAACCUGAAAGUCCUUACGAAUGUGACCGUAGAGAAAAUCCUGUUCAAAGACGACCAUGGUGCGAAGGCCAUUGGAGUUCAGUAUCGGUAUGGCGAUAACAUAAAAGUAGUAGCCGCUAGUAAGGAAGUUAUUCUUGCUGCCGGCGUUCUCCAAUCUCCCAAGAUUCUUGAGUUGUCAGGCAUUGGCAACAAAUCCAUACUACACAACAAUUCAAUCAAAAUCGUUCGAGACCUUCCCGGUGUCGGAGAGAACCUUUACGAUCAUCUUUAUUGUGGUAUUAGCUACGAGACGGUAGAAGGCAUAGAGACGCUCGAUCCGGUGAUAAGACAAGAACCAGAAGCCCUAGAGAAAGCCAUGCAGGAUUACAUUGUAAGUCAGAAAGGCUUACUGACAUCCAUGGGAGUCAACACAUACGCAUAUCUGCCCAUGGUCGAUUACCUUUCUGAGAAGGACCAGGAGACAAUCAAGCAGCUACUUGCUCAACACCGUCCUUCUGGCAAUAGUCCUAGUGAAAAUCGGGCACGGUCAUACUACCAGAUCGCUGAAAAGGCAUUACUAGACUCAAACCAGCCUUCGGCGGCUUACCUCUCGGUUCUGGGACAACAUCAUUUCCCAGUCGACCCCAACUCCGACUCGCCAUCUGGGCCCAUACCUGGAAGUUAUAUCACGCUCGACGCUAUGCUUUCGCAACCCAUUCCGCGAGGCAGCGUUCACAUCCAAUCCAACGAUCCAUCGGAUGCGCCCACAAUCGACCCCAACUAUUUUUCCAGCGAGAUUGACAUCGAAGUUUACGCACGACACAUGCUCUACCUCGACACCAUCGCCAAAUCGUCGCCUUUCAGCAAGUUGCUAAAGCAACCCCUAAUUCGUCGCGACCCCGCUUCUCACCUCGCUGAUAUCGAGACGGCCAAGAAAUACUUGCGCACCAGUGCGAUAUCUAUGUGGCAUCUGGGAGGAACCUGCGCGAUGCUGCCGGAGGAAAAAGGAGGUGUUGUGAGCCCGACGCUGAAGGUAUAUGGCGUGGAUAACCUCCGUGUCGUGGAUGCUAGCGCGAUCCCGCUCGUUAGCACUGCUAAUCUUCAGUCUACUGUCUAUGCGUUUGCUGAGAGGGCAGCUGACUUGAUCAAGCAAGACUAUGGGCUGUAG